AUGAAGCUGAGAGAGAUCAAUAGCAGAGCGAGAUGUCAAUGUUUCACUAUCACGCUGAAAGGGCCUGCUUACAAAUGGUUUAAGAGGCUGAGACCGGGGACUAUUAGGUCAUGGCAGCAAUUUUCCGACAAGUUUCUCCAGCAACAUCAUGUCGUGCGAGAUUACACCAUAUCAGGCACCAUUCUCGCUAGCAUAAAGCAAGGUGAAGGAGAAAGUUUAAAGAGCUACAUUCAUAGGUUGAACAUGGAGGCAGCCAAGGUGGGAAGCUUGACCAUGGGAGAACUCAAGAUUGCAAUCUCGGCUGGAGUGCGCCCGCAUAGCAAGCUUUGGGAUAACAUGCUCAAAAGGGAAGUCACUGGCUUAGAUGACUUUUACGAAAUGGCACAAAAGUACAUUCGGGUCGAGGAUGGCCUUGAGAACUUGAAGGCAGGAAAAAAUGAGUCCCAUGUUAAGCCCUCAACCCAUGAAGGAUCAAAUGGGACAAAAAAGAAGAGGGCAUACGAGGGGCCGAGAGAUGACCACUAG